AUGAGUGAUAGGCUUAUAAAAUUAGUACUUAGAAACUAUUUAAGUAGCCCAGAUGAUAAAUCUGGUGCUACAGCCCUGCAGCUUCUCCAAACGGAUUCUCAAGCUUUAGAUCUUAGCGGCAGUUUUGAAUUGCUAUCACAGUUGAAUACCAGAGUACUCACACUCAUACAAUCACGCAAUCAAUAUGAGAGGUCAUUAGGCUUACAAAUAGCUAUUUUAUGGGUAAAUGAGCGUGUUUCUUCACUCGAUUGUAUCCGUCAAUUUGGAAAACAGUGGAUUGAGAAGGCGUUAGCCAUCGUGAAUAGAGCAAAUGAUGAGAAAGCAACUAUGAAGUUAGCACUUGAGCUCACAACAGUUAUAUUCAGCUCUGCUACUCGUUUGCCAGAAUUUAGUAGGAACGUUACACAACCGCUCGCUGUCAAAUAUGCUCAGAAAUUGCUCGAUAUACUUAAGCAUCGUUCAGAUUUACAAAUUGAUGCAAUAAACGCUAUCAGCGAUCAUUUGACAACCCACUCAAGUUCAUUUAGACCACAAUUAAACGCACUUAAUGCUCAAGUAGUAGCUUUGUUAGCAAAGUCACCAGAUAAUGCAAACCAGAAACAUGUUGAUGCCGUCGCACGUCUUUAUUCCACUUCUGCGCGCGCGGCUGGAAAGGCUAAUGUCUCUCAAACUUUGAAAAAAUUGAUAGAGACGACUCUCAAGAGUAUCGAAAAGGAUGUUGGUAUGGUUAUGGGCGAUUUAUUCGGCAGCUCAAUAAAGAGCGACGAUUUGAAGCUUGACCAAACGAGAGCUCCUAGUGGUGAUUUACUUCAUGAUGCACCAUUUUUGGUCAGACGCGUUGGUGUUUUGUUUUACUCUAUUUGUAAAGCUUUGUCUGGCAGCAAUGACACCUACAUAGCCAUCCCCGUCGGCUCUAUUGUCGCCCUCUGCACUCGCAUAUUGCACCUUACACCUGCAACCAUCAAGGAGAACUCGAAUAAAGAGGAGAGUGUCCUACGUGUAAGUAGCUCCGUGCAGCUCAUAUCAUACGCAUCGGGAUUGUUGGCCCAACUUGCUCAAUUAGUCGGGACUGCUCUGACACCACAUGUUAAUACGGUCCUCAAUGCUGUUGCUUUCCAUCUCUCCUCAACAGAUUUGAACGGGAAUGUCAAACAUGUACUUCUUGAACUCGCAACGAAUCUCACUCAAUCUGGUGCAGCAUUCAAUGUCGACAACGUACACAUGGUGCGUAUAUUCAAGGCAACACUUCGUACACUCGCUAUGACAAAUCCAGUCAAGCAGACUGUCACAGCCACAACAGCCAAGUCUGCGAAAGGAAAGAAGCGUUCGCGCAAUCAGUUCGAAGCUGACGAAGCAUUUGCUGGAAGUGUCAAAUUGACGACAUUGAAUGUUAAAACAUUGACAGCGGCAUUCAAAUUUAUCGAGUGUGCUUUGCAUACCGUUCCGAGCGUCGAGACACUCGCCCUUAAAAUCGUUGUUGCGCUUGCCUUGGACCAAGAUUGGAGAGCACUCAUGCCAGAUGAUUCAGCAGCCGACUCAGUCUGGAGUGCUAUAAAGAGAAUUGUUGUGAGCAAGCACGCAUUGACUACACCAAUGUCGAGCUGGAUUGUCGAAGUCACUGGAUCGAAUCCUCUCUUGGAUGUUCUAGUACAUCCAGCAGCACCAGCACCAAUUAUACAUGCUGACGUAGAAGACAAGCGCUACAAUAUCAAGAAGGAGUUGCAUACCAUUAAGCUGGCUCUUGGCGGUGUUGGUAAUGUAACCACAGAAGAUGAGGAAGAAGAUGAGGAAAAAGAGGAGGUAGAAGAGGGAGAGAGUAUUAACGAUAAAGAAGCAGGUAAAGACAAGGAUGAAGAUGAAAUCAUGCAGGAUGAAGAGAAAGUAGAAAAAGAAGUCGCGAAGGAAAUUCAGUCAGUAAUUGAACCACAAAGCAGAGCUAGCGCCAGUGGAGAUCUCGAGUUUGCGGUUCCAAAAGAUGAACCCAAACCUGUAGAGAGUAUCACGACUGCUAGACCACCUCCAGUAGAAUCGAGCAAAUCGUUUACUAAACCGCUACCAAUUAGCAAGGAUGAAGAUGAAAGCGAGGAUGAAGAAAUGCCUUCUAUUGAUAUAGACUAGAUAUUGUAUCCUUAAUAGAAUUAUUUAAUAUUUU